GAGAGAGAGAGAGAGAGAGAGAGAGAGAGAGAGAGGGUGCCUGCUGUAGAUUCAGCGGCGUGCUCAUUAAUCACGCCAACUGGGGGCACAGCGCAGAAACACAUUCUCGCCAACAUAAGAAGCACAAAAAGUCUAUUAUCGGAGCUAGAUAUACAUGCACAAUCUAGUUCAAACUGUUUAGACUUCCAAUCUCUCUUCCGUUUUAAACCGAGAGGGUUGCACAGCUUCUCUGACAGCAAUGUGCUGUAGUGGACUCGCUGGGAGGACUUUAUGGACAGUGGCAUUAGCAGAAAUAUUGCUAGUUGUGAUAUUAGUAGCUCGCUGGAGUGAGGCUCUGGAUUAUGAUAAUAACACUACUCGUAGUUUCGAAUACUUGAUGGACCCGGAUAACCCCGAAGACGUCUAUAAGUAUAAGGACCCGUGCAAAGCCGUUGCCUUUUGGGGAGACAUAGCUUUAGAUGAAGAGGAUAUGAAGUUAUUUCACAUAGACAGAACCGGUCAGAUAACAAAGCUCACAGCAGGAAUCGGAGGACACAAUACAGGUGGUCUUGGGGAGAAAAUCAAUCCCGCAAGCCAGAAUUUGACCACAGCAACAAACCAUAAAAGCAAAAAAGUUAUAAAGGGCCCAAGGCAGAGACUUGCUCCAGAUACCAGACAAAAUAAGAAAAGGAAUAAAAGCCUUCCUGCGGGAGCCAGUGAAGAAGGGAGGCGAGUGCGCAGGGCUGCAACGUCCCGCCAGGAGAGGAUAUGGCCGGGAGGCGUCAUUCCCUACGUUAUCGGAGGAAAUUUCACCGGUACCCAAAGAGCCAUAUUUAAGCAGGCCAUGAGACACUGGGAGAAAUACACAUGUGUCACCUUCGUAGAGAGAACAGAUGAAGAGAGUUUCAUUGUGUUCACCUAUCGGCCAUGCGGGUGCUGUUCCUAUGUGGGAAGGCGUGGUGGAGGUCCCCAGGCCAUUUCUAUAGGCAAGAACUGUGACAAAUUUGGCAUUGUCGUCCACGAGCUCGGCCACGUGGUUGGGUUCUGGCAUGAACACACUCGACCAGACCGUGACAGCCACGUCACAAUCAUCCGGGAAAACAUACAGCCAGGGCAGGAGUACAACUUCCUGAAGAUGGAGCCUGGUGAAGUGAAUUCUCUGGGAGAGACCUACGACUUUGACAGUAUAAUGCACUAUGCCCGGAACACCUUCUCAAGGGGUGUUUUUCUGGACACCAUUCUUCCGCGAAGAGAUGAUAACGGCUUGAGAUCUCCCAUCGGGCAGCGAAUCCGUCUUAGUCAAGGGGACAUCGCUCAAGCAAGGAAACUGUAUAAGUGCCCAGCAUGUGGAGAAACGCUUCAGGAUACGACAGGGAACUUCUCAGCCCCCGGAUUUCCGAAAGGCUACCCUUCAUAUUCACACUGCGUUUGGAGGAUCUCUGUUACUCCGGGGGAGAAGGUUAUUUUAAACUUCACCACAAUGGACUUAUUCAAAAGCCGUCUUUGCUGGUAUGAUUACAUAGAAGUACGGGAUGGAUACUGGAGAAAAGCCCCAUUACUGGGCAGAUUCUGUGGAGAUAAAGUUCCAGAACCAAUCCUCUCUACUGACAGCAGGCUCUGGAUUGAGUUCCGCAGCAGCAGCAACAUUCUAGGCAAGGGGUUCCUCGCAGUGUACGAAGCUAUUUGCGGAGGGGAAAUCAAAAAGGAUGUUGGGCAGAUCCAGUCCCCGAACUAUCCAGAUGACUACCGCCCUUCAAAGGAGUGCAUCUGGAAAAUAACUGUAUCAGAGGGGUUUCAUGUGGGACUCGCAUUCCAAGCAUUUGAGAUUGAGAGACAUGACAGCUGUACUUAUGACUAUCUGGAGAUCCGUGAUGGAGAAGCUGAUGACAGUCCUUUGAUCGGACACUACUGCGGGUAUGUGAAGCCAGACGAUGUCAAGUCCACCUCCAACAAACUAUGGAUAAAGUUUGUGUCUGACGGCUCUAUUAACAAAGCUGGCUUUGCAGCCAACUUCUUCAAAGAGGUUGAUGAGUGCUCAAGGCCAGACAAUGGCGGGUGUGAGCAGCGCUGUGUGAACACUCUCGGCAGCUACAAGUGUGCCUGUGACCCUGGGUACGAGCUUGCUCCCAAUAAGCGGAGCUGUGAAGCUGCAUGUGGUGGCUUCAUCACCAAACUAAAUGGCACCAUUACAAGCCCUGGGUGGCCAAAGGAAUAUCCAACAAAUAAAAACUGUGUGUGGCAAGUAGUGGCUCCUGCCCAGUACAGGAUCUCCUUGCAGUUUGAGAUCUUCGAACUGGAAGGCAAUGAUGUUUGCAAGUACGACUUUGUGGAGGUGCGCAGUGGGCUGUCUCCUGAUUCAAGACUACAUGGCAAAUUCUGUGGCUCAGAAAAGCCCGAAGUCAUUACCUCUCAGUUCAACAACAUGAGAGUAGAGUUCAAGUCGGACAACACUGUGUCUAAGAAAGGCUUCAAGGCCCACUUUUUUUCUGAUAAGGACGAAUGCUCCAAGGACAACGGUGGCUGUCAGCACGUAUGCAUCAACACGUUCGGCAGUUACUCCUGCCAGUGUAGAAACGGCUUCAUUCUGCACGAGAACGCACACGACUGCAAAGAAGCUGGAUGUGAACACAAGGUGACUAGUGCUGAGGGUGUGAUAAGCAGUCCGAACUGGCCUGACAAGUACCCCAGCCGUAAAGAGUGUACAUGGGAACUCUCUUCCACUGCUGGGCACCGUGUUAAAAUUGAGUUCAACGAGUUUGAGAUGGAGCAGCAUCAGGAGUGUGCCUACGAUCAUCUGGAGUUGUACGACGGACCCAACGGCAAGUCUCCAAUCCUCGGUCGAUUCUGCGGGAGCAAGAAACCAGAUCCGGUCAUCACUUCAGGAAACAAAAUGUUCCUCCGAUUUUACUCUGAUGCCUCCGUCCAAAGAAAAGGAUUCCAAGCAAAGCACAGCACAGAGUGUGGGGGUCGACUGAAAGCUGAGAUUAGGACGAAGGACCUCUACUCUCAUGCCCAGUUUGGGGAUAACUUCUACCCAGGACAGUCCAACUGUGACUGGGUGAUCGUGGCAGAAGAUGGAUAUGGAGUGGAGUUGAUUUUCCAGACUUUCGAAAUUGAAGAAGAAUCUGAUUGCGGGUAUGACUACAUGGAAAUCUACGAUGGCUAUGACAGCACAGCACCCAGGCUUGGCAGAUUCUGUGGCUCAGGGCCCCCAGAAGAAAUCUACUCUGCGGGGGACUCUGUAAUGAUUCGCUUUCACUCAGAUGACACAAUCAAUAAAAAAGGAUUCCACGCCCGCUACACCAGUACCAAAUUCCAGGACGCCUUGCAUAUGUGAAGAGCCAGUGAACUAUCUCAGCCUUCAUCGUAUAACAAACAUGAGACUGUUUAAAAAAAAAAAAAAAAAAAGGAAAAAAUGUAAGAUAUUUUACUGUCAGUCUUCAGGAGUUUAACUUGAUCAAAAGUAUUUUUCUGCAAAUAAAGCUGAUGCGAAAGAUACUUUUAAAUAUGCCAUUCAAGCAUGCCAGUAUUCUAAGGACCAAAUAUUUUAGUCAUUUACUGUAUCAAGCCAUAGGACAAUAAAAGAUAGUUUAGCAGGGUUUCAACAUAUCAUUCUGAGUUAUAUGGGGUUCCUUUUGGGGAUACACACUGCAUACUGUGAGUUUUUAGGACACGUCUUUACUGAGUUUGAUAUCAAUUUUCAGAAAUGCUCCAAAAUAUAGGUACAUUUACUUCUCUGUCAUUACCCAGUAGUUUAUCACAUCUACUUAGACCAGUGUUUUUGGAGGGGGGAGGGGUCACUAAUUUAUAGUUAUAAUUUACUGCAUACAUGAACAAAGUACAGUGCAAUGUAACUGCUGUGUACUUCAUGUACCUGUAUUUUGAAGUGUAGCCCCAUUUCCUGGCAAGCCUUAAAAUGGGAAUUUUUUUUAUAUAUAUAUAACAAAUAUACAUGUGUGUGUGUGUCUAUAUAUAUAUAUAUAUAUAUAUAUAUAUAUAUACACUGAUGCACAAAAGAAACGCACUACUCAGGUCUAAUGGAUUUAAUCAAAUAUUUUAAAUAUAGAUCUCAAACAAAAUCACAGAAAAUGUGAACAAAAAUACAGAUCACAUGACACACUGUCAAAAUGAAAACAUUACAAAUUUAGUAUCGGGUAUGACCUCCCUGAGCAUUAACACAAUCCUGGCAGCGGUGACGUAUAGACCUGAUCAGCCUCUGGAUAGACUGCUGUGGGAUGUUCCGCUGCUCUUCCUGUGCAGCUGCAGCCAACUGGCAAAGGUUGGCUGGUCGCGGUUGUCUCCUGAUGGCACUGGCGAUUUGGUCCCACAAAUGUUUUAUUGGACUCAGGUCAGGAGAAAAGGCUGGCCAUGGCAAGACCUCAACAUUGUUUUCUUGAAGCUGUGCAAUUGUAAUCCUAGCACUGUGUGGUCUUGCAUUGUCCUGCUAGAAAAUCGACACUUCCGGAUUGGCUUGCAAGAAUGGAAAAACUGUUACCUCAAGGACUUAGUCAAGAUUUCCAUUACAUGACAGUAGAUGUUAAAACUUCAUGCUGAUUUGAACUCGGCUCUCGCCAAGAUAAGCACCAACUAAGACGUAGCUUUACAGUAAACUAAUGUGAUCCAUAUGUGUCUCCAUCCAUUUGCGCUUCUUUCCAUCUGAUGAUGUAGAUAUCCUUCUGCCUGGUGUUGAUGGCUGAAGUGUAAUGCUGGCUCCAGGGAUCAGCUUAUUUUGCCUCCCUGGCGCAUCAGCACACACAACGGCUGCGAUGCUGGCUCCGGGGAUCAACCACAGUGCGCUCUCCCCAGCGCAUUAGCAUGACAACCGUCUGGAUUGAGCUAAGUAGGGUACAUCUCUGGGGUCUUCAAGUGGGCACCUUCCAUCCUCUGUUUCGUUGUCUAGCCCAUGACACCUCAAGAGGGCUCAACAGUGAUUCUGGCAUCCAAGCAUCACCCCACUUAACUCUACCCAGCUUACUUUACCUGUAUAUCAGCGUUGCUUUCUUUCUAUUGUGCUUGAGAUACCCAGCCAGAAACUUUCCUUCUCACCCAUAGCCAGUUGCUGCUCCUUUCUGCUGCUUCAGAUAAGUUCUUCACUGUGAGACGCAACUCUUGGCCAGUGAACCCGACAUCUCUGAGAAACCGGGUUAUAGAGUGUGCCACAAAUCCUCGACAACCCACCUCCACUGGGUAAACCCGGACUCUCCAUCCUCGCUGUUCCGCUUCAGCAGCUAGUUGAGCAUACUGCAGUUUCUUCCUCUCAUACGCCUCAUCCACAGCAUCCUCCCAUGGCACUGUUGACUCUACCAGAUGAACAAGGCGUGCUGAUCCAGACCACAAGACAAUGUCUGGUCGAAGGUUAGUGGUGGCAAUCUCAGGUGGAAAAAUAAGCCUGCAUUUUCCAGUCUCUAGCAGCUUUCAGUUGUCCUGGGCGAGGCUUGGCUUUAACACCUUUUCUUGGUGGUUGCUCUCCUGGACGGAUGAAUAUUGUCUUUUGUGUGUAAUGCUUUGAUGGAACUGGUUGUAACUUAUUGGUCACGUUACGCUUGUCUUCCAAUACUAAGGCCAAACAUCACAGCACCUGGUCAUGGCGCCAAGUAAACCGUCCUUGGCUAAGACCCAUCUUACAUACUGUCAAAAUGUGCCUUAAUGUUGCAGGUGAUGAACACAAAGGACAUGAGGGAUCCUCUCCUACCCAGAGGUUUAGGUUCUGUGGUGAUGGGAGAACAUCAUAUGUUGACCUGAUGAGGCAACUGAUCCUGCUCUGUUCCAUUGUCCAUAGGUCUUGCCAGCCGAUCUUGUGUUGUUCCACACACUCUCCCAUCUCAUCCAUUCUCCCUACUUGGCCUGGGAAACGGCCUUUACACACCUCAAACGCUCCUCCUGCUUUUGCACCUCGUUGAGCCUUGUGCCAUUUAGGAGGAGCUGAACUGAGACCAAGACUCCCUUUUCCAUGCUGAACUUGCCCCAUGAUAUCGCCGAUUCGAAGGGCAGCCUUUGCAUCUUCCACGGCUUUCUUUGCCGCCCACUUAAACUCCUUGGUUAGAGCAAAGACUGUUAGCUGCAGUAUUCCUUUACCAUAAAGUCCCACUCUGUUGAGGCAGCGUGGAACUCCCAACCAAUGUAUCGGUGACAAGUAAGGUUGCCCUCACUCUGCACCAAAGGCGUUCUUGUGUUAAAAUAGAUUCCUCCCCACAUCAUCACACUUCCACCGCCCCACCGGUUGGCUUGAACAACGUAACAGUAAGCAUAACGCUCACCACGCCGUCUCCACACACGUUGUAUUCCGUCAGGUCUGUCGAGGGCAAAGCAGCAUUCAUCAGUGAAUAAAACACUCCACUCUCUCUGUGACGCCACCUCAGAUGUUCUCUGGCCCACAGAAGACAGCAAUUUCAUCUCUCAGCUGUCAACAUGUUACCCCUGAACGGCCUCCGAGCAUGCAAUCAUUUUCAUGCAGACGGCGAGUUACAGUCAUUCUGGUGAUGCGCGGGUUAUUUCUUUGUGGAAUUUCUCGUGCUGUAGCCACUGCAGUCCGAAAACGAUUACGCAGAUGGAUCAGUCGGAUAUGACGGUCCUGGGCCAGUGUGGUGACCCUCUGCCUUCCAGGACGUGGCCUGUCCCUCACAGAGCCUGUUUCUCUGGACUAGUCUGCUGAUUUUUGAAGCAGAACAUCUCAUUCUCCGGGCAACUUCUCUCAUUGACAAGCCGCCUUCAUGCCGAUAGCAACCAGGCAAUCUUCAUUACUCAAACGGGGCAUGGUCGUAUCUUUUGCUGUUCUUGCGUUAAUUAAAAUCAUGUCUUUUCAAAUGGCUGUUAAUACCGAUUCUUAAUCAACUCAUUUUGGCAAUUUUAACUCAACUCAAAUACCAAACACUGAGCACCUGGCAUUUGUAUGAAAUCACAUGACUUGAGCUCACUGUUUAAAUGUAAAUAACAUAAUGUAUGUGCCCAAUGAGCUAUUGAUUUAAAAGUUAGACUGUUACAUUUUUGUUGUGCAUCAGUAUAUAUAUAUAUAUGUACCAAAAUGAUCAAUAAGAAAAAAAAGAGAAAAGGAUAUUUCAGCUACUUUGUAAUUUGUAGUCAAUUAUUGAUUUGUAAUCAAUUAUUCUACAUUUUUAAGUACCUGAAAUAUCCUUUUCUCUUCUCUUUUUUCUUUAUAUAUAUAUAUAGUUAGAUACACACAUACACACACACACACACACACACACACACACAGUUUGUGCAAUGACAGUUGUAAAUGCAGGACUCCUGCAAUGUACUAUCUCAUUAAUGAUAAAAUCACCAUUAUUAAUUAUCAGAUGGCAUAUUCGUAGGUACUGUAUACAUCUUUCUGAUCUGUGAUGUUGACGGUGCUAUAUUCUGACAGCAGGAGUCUGUUGGUGCAGCGAUUACCACAGUACUGUGGUAUUAGACAAGGAGUUUUCAGUUGAGUUUUUUUUUCUUUUUAUUGGGUAGUGAAGGGUCUUUUCUAUGCUUUUUUAAAUGUUGUUGGGUUUUUUUUGUUUGUUUUUUAUCAUCUUGCCCAAGAGAAGCUGAAAAUAGAAAUGUAAUUAUUUUAUCGGACAAGCUGUGACUUGUAACUACUGUAUUUUCUAUUUCAGCAAUUAUUGGAGUUCAGGCAUGCUGUGUAAAAAAGAAAAAAAAAGUGUGCUAGUAUUCAACCACUGUGACAUACUGUUCAGAAUCAGCUGAGGUGCAAUUGGCAUGUCCAUUUAAACAGCCAGAGGGGUACAACCUGCAAGAAUAAGGGUCUUGGGUUGAUUUGUAAUACAGUAACUGAGGCACCCCCGAUAGUAAUGGCAUAUCCCACACAAAGGUUAUACUGUCCGCACUUUGAACACUGUCAUCAGUAUUGAUUAUCACACUACAAAAAGGACCUGAGCUAUAGUGUAUGCUUAGCCAAACUGAGUGAAAAAAACAGACUAUACAGUAUUUAGAGUUAUCAUAUUUUUAAAUAUGUAGGCUACAGUGUUAUAUUCCAGGUGCCUCAUUUAACAGAAAAGUCAUACAUUCCUAGAACACACUUAAUGGUAAAUUACUUGCCAAUAAACUAGUAAAAAUAUUUGACAAACAUUUUGACUAGAAGUCUGUAUUGGAAAUCCAAAAAUGUCAAUAUAACUCUAAGGUUUGUUCCCUAGUAGAAAAUACUUAUAUUUUAAAUAUAUAUAUAUAUUUCCCCACAAGUACUGGUAAAACUAAUUUAAGUGAAACUUAACCCUUUCUGUCCUGAAUUAUUAUUAUUAUUGUCGAGCUGAACAAUAAACUCAUUUCAUUAAGUAUACAUAAGAACAGGACAAAAAACAUUUUUCUUGCAUAUAUUUAUACACUACCUCAGAGUGAGACCUAGGAGUCCUGUGAGGCUCCAACGUGAUUUCCGAUGGCAUAUGUUAAUAUACGGCUCUAAGGUGGGACCUUGAAGUCCUGCCAGGACUGAAAGGGUUAGUGUUAAAUGCUACAUUAUACUGCAAGUCUUUUUGAAUGACCCAAUUCCUGAACAUUUCAAAUUAUGGUGAACAGACAAGACUAAGUCGACUGUUUGAAAUUGCUUCGUUUAUCUGUGUAUUUCCUUCACAAAUACAUAAUGCUGUUUGGAAUGCCCCACACACUCAAUGAGACACACAGUUACUGUUAUUGUGGGAACUGUAGCUGGUACAGUACAUGACCAGAAAAGAAUAACAUUUGCUCUGCUUAGGACCGGGUUUGACCUGUGUCACUGUUCUUUAGUGCCUGAAAAUGUCCCCCCUUGGAAUUGAUCAUCACCCCCCUUUUCUUGAUGUCAUGGAGAGCAUCCCUCAAUCUCUGUAGACAGUUACAACUUGAUACUAUGUUGGCUACGUAUUGGCACUUUCUAUACCAGCUAUGGUAUAAAUUGAAGGAUCAAUGUCCAUCUAUCCAUCAAUCUAUAAUUUGUUUUUGUAUUCACUAACCAUAUUGUUCAUCAAAAGAUUCAUGAAUCAGUCCAGGAUGCUGUCAGAUAAAAUGAACGCUUCAAUGAAUGUUGUCAAUGGCUCCAUUCAGUAUAUCCAUGUACUGUAUUCAAAUAUGAUUUAUUUUAAGAAAAUAAACUAAUGCUAAGUCUGCUGGUUAAUAGUUUUACUUCCGGUUUUAUUGAGUGCAUUGUACACAUACUACGUACAUAUUUCCACGUACAUGCAGCUUGAAAUAAAAUAUGUCGCUGAG